UGGUGUUACUGUUAUCCCAUAUAGUCAUUAUGUCUUGCAACACGAAAGGCAGCGUUUUGUUCUCUGGUUUCAGAGCUUUGGGACUAUACUGCAAUCAUCUUCCACACGUGGUUCGUUAUCACAAGCGGCACCGAAAGUUUUAUUUAGUUACAGCAGUGGGGAAAAGUUUCCAUACUUACAACGUGAAGAAGGUUGGAUUGUGCCAGGUUAGUAAUGCCCUCCCAGAAGACAUCUCCUGUUUGGCGGCAGACAGAAUGCUGGUCUUUGCUUCACAUGGAAAUCUUGUUAAGGCAUUUGCUCGGAGCAAAGAGGUGGUUCAUACAUACAAGGGACACAAUGCUGAAGUUCAUCUUGUACAGCCUUUUGGUGAUCAUAUGAUCUCGAUAGAUAAAGACAAUGUCCUUAUUGUCUGGGAUGUACAGUCAGAAGAGGAGUAUUUGCAACUGAACUUUGACAAAACUGUCUUUACCAUCUCAGCAGUGAUGCACCCAAGUACGUACCUCAACAAAAUUCUUCUUGGAAGCCAGCAGGGAGUUCUGCAGCUGUGGAAUGUAAAAUCCAACAAACUUUUGUACACUUUUCCUGGAUGGGGAUCAGGAGUGACUGUACUUGAACAGGCUCCAGCUGUAGAUGUUGUAGCAGUUGGUCUUGUGUCUGGCCAGAUUGUUCUUCAUAAUAUUAAAUACAAUGAAACACUGAUGAAGUUCCAGCAAGACUGGGGUCCCAUUACUGCAAUAUCAUUCCGUACAGAUGGACAUCCUAUGAUGGCAGCUGGCAGCCUAGUGGGGCAUGUCGGAUUGUGGGAUUUGGAAGAGAAAAAGCUGAUUGCUCAGAUGAGAGAUUGCCAUUCCACUGCAGUUGCAGGAAUGACAUUUGUUCAUGGAGAACCACUUCUAAUUACUAAUGGUGCUGAUAAUGCUAUAAGAAUCUGGAUAUUUGAUGUACCUGGAGGGGCAGGACGAUUGUUUAAAUGCCGCGUAGGCCACAGCGCCCCACCUACUAAGAUAAGAUACCAUGGACAGAAUGCUCAUCAGAUCCUAAGUGCAGGUCAGGAUGGGACUUUGCAGUCCUUCUCUACUGUUCAUGAAAGUUUCAAUAAGAGCCUGGGGCAUGGAUCAAUCAAUAAAAAGAAGUCAAAAAAGAAAGGCUUACGAUUUGAUACAAUGAAGCUUCCUCCUAUUACUACUUUUGCAUCAGAAACCGCUCGUCAGAGUGACUGGGAUGGGAUAAUUGCUUGUCACAGAGGAUUCCUUAUUGCUACAACAUGGAACUACCAGAAGACAUCCAUGGGGGCCCACAAACUGGAGCCAGAAAGAUUUAACAAAAACCGGGCAUUAAAUGUGCAUGCAACAGCUGUAGACGUUACAUCUUGUGGAAACUUUGCUGUAGUAGGCCUUUCAUCAGGUCAUGUGGAUGUGUACAACAUGCAGUCUGGCAUUCAUCGUGGUUGUUAUGGCAGUGAAAAAGCUCAUGAUGGUCCUAUCAGGGGAGUUGCUGUUGAUGGACUAAAUCAGCUGACUGUAACUGCUGCUGGGGACAACUUGAUCAAAUUUUGGAAGUUUAAGUCGAAGGAACUACUUCAUACUACUAAACUCGAGUCCGCCCCAAGCACUACACUGCUGCACAGAGACAGUGGCAUGUUGGCUGUUGCAUCCGAUGACUUUAUCAUCAGCAUCUUGGAUAUAGAAACCAGGAAAAUUGUCAGAAAAUUUUCAGGACACCAACGACAGAUAACCGACAUGGCUUUUAGCCCUGAUGGACGGUGGUUGAUCACAGCAUCAAUGGAUUGUUCGAUUAGAACAUGGGAUUUGCCAUCUGGAUGCCUCAUAGACUGUUUCUUGUUGAACUCAGCAGCUGUCAGCAUCACAAUGUCACCAACUGGAGACUCCCUGGCCUCUUCACAUGUGGAUGACCUAGGAAUUUACCUCUGGUCUAACAGUACACUGUAUUCCCUGGUUUCACUGAGACCACUUCCCACAGAUUAUGAGCCCACCAUUCAAAUGCUACCUGGAACUUGUCCUGAACAAGAUGUUAAUGAUGUUGAAGUUCAAGAAGAAAUAAGUGAAGAAAUGAUAGAAUAUGACUCACCUGAGCAGCUAGGAGAACAACUGGUAACAUUGUCUUUGCUGCCAGAGUCAAGAUGGAAGAAUCUCAUUAAUCUAGAUAUCAUCAAGCAAAGAAACAAACCAAAGGAGCCUCCUAAAGUGCCCAAGUCUGCACCAUUCUUCAUCCCAACUGUUACAGGUCUUGUGCCUCAGUUUGCUGUACCUGAGAAACAAGGUACCGAAGAUCAGUCAAAGGUGAUGGCUCUUGGAAUGUUGACACAGAAGUCCAAAUUUUGCAGACAACUUCAAGAUGAUUUGAGCAUCGAUAACUAUAAAGCUUCAAUACAGCUUCUUAAAGAAAUGGGCCCUUCCAGGAUUGACACUGAGCUAAGAGAAUUGGCUCCAGAGCUUGGAGGUUCUCUGGAAGUGAUGCAGGCCUUCUUAAGAAUGAUUGCGAGUAUGCAGAGUACCAAGCGUGAUUUUGAACUAGCACAAGCAUACCUUGCUUUGUUUCUGAAGCUGCAUCUUAAAGCCAUUGCUACAGAACCCAGAUUAUUAACAGAAACGACAAAAGUGUCUGAACAGCUUGAAGAAACAUGGCUUCACAUGCAGGCACUAUUUAACCAGAGCAUGUGCCUCUUGGGAUACAUGAAAAGUGCCGUACUAUAAUUUUGUUCAUGUCACUGCAUCAUUUGUUUACAUACAUUUGGUACAUCUAGUAUAAAGACUUUGUGUGACUUGGAAGAACUGGAUCAGUAAUGCACACUAUACAUUGUGAAACUGUGUGAAGUAAGAUUUCUCUACUGUAGAGAUUCAGCCAGUUUCAACAUUUGACAGGCUAUAAUAAAUUUAACUGAUUAAGCAAAAUGUUCUAAAACAAUUUUCCAUUUGCCUAUAACAGUUUUUAUUAGAGGUUCAUAUCCUGUUGUGCCUUGAUUUUCUGUAUGAUCUCAUUUGGUUCAUAAACUAAAAUGCUUGCCACCAUUCUAACAAUUUCCAGAUUGUGUAAUUUAUUUAUUAGUAGUUACUGCAAUAUGUAUAUAGGUAGUGAAUUAUUUGAAUAUAUUUUAAUAGUGAAGAACUAAUAAAGCCCUCACUGUGUAAAUAUA